AUUGUUAAUGUAUAAUCAUUAAAAUUUUAAUUAAAAGAAUAUGGGAAAUGUAGAUACUAAACUUAAUUUUCGAAAAGCUGUUGUACAGUUAACAUCUAAAACGCAAGUAAUAGAUGUAUCUGAUGAUAUCUUUUGGGAUCAAUUUUGGUCAGAAAAUGUUUGCAACAUACAAGAUAUUUUUACUUUGAUACCAGCUUCAGAAAUUCGUAUUCUACGGGAAGAUGCUCCUUCAAAUCUUGCUACAUUUUGUUAUAAAGCAGUGGAAAAGCUAGUUAAAGCAGUUGAUAGUAGUUGCAGAACACAAAAUGAACAACAAACAGUUUUAAAUUGUUGUCGAUUGUUGAUAAGACUUUUGCCUUAUAUUUUUGAGGAUUCAGAUUGGAAAGGAUUUUUUUGGUCUAGUUUGCCUGGAAAAGAAAAUCAAGACAAUAUCCCUCUAGCACAUUCUUUAUUAAAUGCAAUAUGUGAUUUAUUGUUCUGUCCAGAUUUUACUGUAGUUACAAAUAAAAAACCUGGUCCAGAUAAAGCAGAGGAAUUGCAAUCUAUAGAUAGUUGUGAAUAUAUUUGGGAAGCUGGUGUAGGUUUUGCACAGUCGCAACCUAGACAUCCUGUUUUAGAUUCUAACAGAACAGAAUUAUUAAAAUUACUAUUAACAUGCUUUAGUGAAACAAUGUAUAACUCUUCUACUAAUCUUUCAGUUACACCGAAUAAGUGGAUUCAAUAUUUAACUAGUUCAGAAAAUAGACAUGCCUUACCGAUGUUUACUUCACUAUUAAAUACAGUAUGUGCAUACGAUCCUGUAGGCUUUGGAGUUCCAUAUAAUCAUUUGUUAUUCACUGAUUCUUUAGAACCCUUAGUUGAUGUAGCUUUACAAAUACUGAUUGUAACAUUAGAUCAUGAUACAAAUAGUGGGGUAAAUGAAGAUGAAGUUGUAGUUGGAGAUAAUCUCUUUAUUAAUUAUUUAAGUCGUAUACACCGAGAUGAAGAUUUUCAGUUUGUUUUAAAAGGUAUUACAAGAUUAUUAAACAAUCCAUUAAUGCAAACUUAUUUACCAAACUCUACAAAAAAGGUGCAUUUUCAUCAGGAAUUGCUUGUAUUCUUUUGGAAAUUAUGUGAUUAUAAUAAAAAAUUUUUAUAUUUUGUAUUAAAAAGUUCAGAUGUAUUGGAAGUUCUAGUUCCAAUAUUAUACCACUUAAAUGAUUCCAGAGCUGAUCAAUGUAGUUGGUAUUUUAUUGACAUAAUAGCAAGAGUUGGUUUAAUGCACAUUGGAGUAUUUAUUCUUCUUUUAUUAAGUGGAGAACGUAAUUUUGGUGUCAGAUUAAAUAAGCCGUAUACUGCAACAGUACCAAUGGAUAUCCCAGUAUUUACAGGUACACACGCAGAUCUUCUAGUUACAGUUUUUCAUAAGAUUAUUACAACAGGUCACCAAAGGUUGCAACCUCUUUUUGAUUGUUUAUUAACCAUUCUAGUCAAUGUUUCACCAUAUUUAAAAACAUUAUCAAUGGUUGCUAGUACUAAACUUCUGCAUUUAUUGGAAGCUUUCAGUACUUCAUGGUUUUUAUUUUCUGCUCCAACAAACCAUCAUUUAGUGUUUUUUUUGCUUGAAAUAUUUAAUAAUAUAAUUCAAUAUCAGUUUGAUGGUAAUAGUAAUUUAGUUUAUACAAUUAUUAGAAAAAGACAAGUUUUUCACACUUUGGCUAAUUUGCCAAGUGAUUGUAAUACCAUCACAAAAUCUCUUAAUAAAAGACAGAAAAAACAUAUGCCAUCCAAUAGAUUGAAUGAAAAUGUAAAUGAGACUACAAUGGAAGGUUCACAUCCAGCACAGCCUGCAGAACCUGGUACUCUUAAAGCAUCGUUACUUGAUAUCCCUGAUAUUGAAAAUAUGACAGAAAAAGAAUCUGCUCAUCCAUUAAGUUCUCCUGAUGUGGAUGUGAAUAAAACGAUUACGAAAUUAGAAGUUGUUUCUAAUGAUCAACGUUCUCAAACAAAGCUUGAAUCUAUUGUACCGAAAGGGGGAAUUCGCAUAGCUGAACAUUCAAACUAUAUAAAUAUCAUAGAUCAUUGGAUACCUUCAGCUGAGUGGGUAUAUCAAUGGAAAAGUAAACUGCCUUUACAAACUAUUAUGCGAUUACUACAAGUUUUAGUACCUCAAGUAGAAAAAAUUUGUAUUGAUAAGGGAUUAACAGAUGAAAGUGAAAUUUUGAAAUUUUUACAACAUGGGACACUUGUAGGACUAUUACCUGUACCGCAUCCUAUACUCAUUCGCAGAUAUCAAGCAAAUACUGGCACAACAGCAUGGUUUAGAACUUAUAUGUGGGGUGUUAUUUAUCUACGAAACAUUGAACCACCUAUUUGGUAUGCUACGGACGUUAAACUUUUUGAAAUUCAAAGAGUUUAAAGAUAUUUUGACCUAAUCCUUUUUUAAUCAUUAAUA